CUGUUGAAGAUGUGCGUUGUCCAGAACAACCGGUACACAAAAGUGUCAGCUGUGUGAAAAGUAAACGCAGUGUUCAACUUCAUGUUUUAGUUUUAAAUCGUUAUAAAGGUAAAUUUCAAUUAAAGAAUACAUUGGAAACUAUCGCACACUUUCCAUAUUAUUUAAUGUCCUGCUGAUACCUGUCAUCACCGCCAUGACUACCAUGACAAGUACAAUGAAGUCUCCCCGUGAUACCUCAGCUGCCAUAGAUGCUACCAAUGAGUACGGCCCACCAGUAGAUUAUUCCUUUAAAAGGCUCACAUCAUUUCUUGAUGUUCCGGAUGAAGUACCGAGGAAAGGACAGAAAAAGAAGGAUUGCAAGAACCAAAAUGGAAAGUACAACAGCACCACACUUAAGUUUAGCAACAACACUAUCACAGACUUUGAGGGAUUUGAGAGUGCCGUUGAAAUGCUGCUGGAGAAUCCUUCUGAACUGUCUUACCUCGAUCUCUCCAUCAAUUACAUAAUGAAGCUGGAUGAGGCUAUUCUGAAAUAUCCCAAUAUCAAGAUGCUCUAUCUCCAUGGGAACAGGAUAGAUAAAUUGGAAGAGAUUGACAAGCUAGGUGCCUUCCCAAACCUGAUCAGCCUGACGGUUCACGGGAAUCCGAUCGAAGACCAGGCGGGGUUCCGUUCAUACAUCCUCUCCCAUCUACCAAAACUCAAGAAUUUGAACUUUAGUGGAGUCACCAAAGCAGACCUGAAGAAUGCAACGACGUGGAAAACCAUGUACGGAAACAAGAAGAAGAAGAGGAGACGAAAGGAGGAGGAUUAGAGGCACCAGGAUUGCAGAGAUUUUUUAAAUAUUGACCUUGUAGCACCAUGUGAAGAACUGUUUAUAGACAAUCUCAAAUGGACGACUUCUACCUGUAAAAUAACGUAUCUGCAUUGAAAAUCAUUCACAGAAACAAAGAGGAAAGGAAAGGAUGAUGAAUUACAGCAUUUGAAUUUUUAUUUCUUCUUUUGUUUUUAAAUUCAUCAUGUAGCCCUUAAUGAAGAAAGGGUUAACGACAGUCCUGACUGAAACAUCUUGUAAGAUUAUAGUGUAUGAGACGAUGCAUGGUCCUAUUAUAGCUUGGAUGAGACAAAAGAUUAUUGAGGAAACUUAAUCUUUCAAUGGCAGUCAUGUUUCUUAUUCCAUGGUGCUUAGGCAAUGAAUGAAACACAAAAUGGCCAAUUAAUUUUGACUCGCCCUUGUAAAUCAUACGUAAUUGUUACAUGAGUAACAUAUAAGAAUCAAUUUGAGAGUCUGAAUACCUGAAAAGACCUGAAAGGAACCAAAUUCCUGUACAUACAUUCACAGGUUUUCAAAGAUUGAAUGUACAUCCAAAAGAUCUUUAAUUUGCUUUAUGAAAUAUAUACAUGUAUAGUGUGUACUUAAUAAUUUCUCUUCAAUAUAUCUAGUAUAAAGGGUCAACUAAAGCAAUACUGUUUUGUACAUUAUUAUGAGUGUUUUGAAAGUAUACAUACAAGGUACGGGGAAUUUACAUGUAUAUGCAACCUUUGUAUAUGUCAGUUCUUUAUGCAUUUGGAAUUGUACCACCGUGGAAGGAUUAUUCCGUCCUAGCAACUUGGCUGACGUGCCUAUAAAUAAGAACUUAUUUUUUAUACAGCAAUAGCAACAAAGUGAUGAAUAUGAAUUAAUUGUUAGUUUACCGGUAUAUCAAUUCCACUUAGUGUAUAGAGCAUGUUACAAAUGAACCAGUUUUUGUUCGCACUCUGGAACUGAAAAUUUGUAUAGCUCUGGCAGCCAUUAUCAGAUCCCAGUUCAUUGCACAGAAUAUAUUCUACGCAGGUAUCCAUCUUCUACACCUGGGUAGCGAGUGAUAACUGUAGAUGAAGUGCCUUGUCUGAGGAUACAGCAAUAAACCAGUAUUCAAAUUAUCAGCCUCUUGGUCGAAAGUUAAAAAAAGAUAACACCAUACAGGAAAACUAUAUGUGGGGUUUAAAUUUUCAACCAUUUGCAGAUCAACAGAAUCCACUGGUUUCUUUAAUAAUUUGGUUUCAAGCAUGCACUAUAUGUAAAGCAUACAUUGAACAUCAUCCCAUUUUAACACUGUAACACAAUUCCAUGAUUUGGUGUAUUUUCAAUUUGUUUUCUAGAGUUUUGAUAUAUACAGGUAUCAUGUAUGAAUUAAUCUUGUUUCUGUUUUCGUUUUGCACAUUAUGUUUUGCAUAUUUUGUAUACGCACGCCAAUGUAACUUGUCAGUUUGUAUAAUUUUAUCAACUGUCCCGUUUUUGUUUUGAUUAAAUGCACUCGAGUUUGCAUUGUUGAAAUUAUAGGAGCAUAUUCAAGUUUUAUCACAAAUAUAUCAUAGAUACUUGUGCAUAUCACAUCCGAUAUCAAAUUCAUAUCAGAAGAAAAAUAAUCAAGCGCAGUUUACUUCACUAUAUACCAUAACUAGUUGCUCAAGACAUUUAUACUUGCAUGAUUCUUUUUGUAUUCUUUGCUUAAAGCUAUCUAAAGUUCAAUUUAUUAUCAGUUGAACACUAUAUUCAUUAUUGCCAGUUAUGUAGUUUUCAUAUAGCCUGAAAUUCCAUAUCUUGCUGUCAUUAAACAAUUCCCUUCAGUCACUGAAAAAUGUCCGACUAACAACAUCGUUUGACAUGCAUACCAAUUAUAUAUUUUGUUUACCAUUUACUUGUAGUGCCAUGUUUUAUUUUUACAUGUUGUAUGAUUAUGUUAUUGAACACAUAAAGCGUGUCCACUUAUUGAUUUUUUGUUUUUGCAGAAAGUAUAUUUCACAAUGAGGGUACUGAAGGCAUGACACAUUUUUAGAUUAUUUUUUUUUUGAGGGGGGGGGGGGGGGGUACGAGGAGGGGCUGGGAAGUUACAGUCUACUCCAAAAUGAUCGAACACACUUGAGAAUAUUAUUUCAAUUUUGACCUGUGAAUUAUAUCAAUCCUGUGGUUUCCCAUUAAACAGGUAAACACAAAACUUACAUUAUCCUCAAAUUCCAUUGUAACUUAUCGUAAAGCCUGUAUAUUCUGUAAAGAUAAUCUAGAGUUCUGGUAAUUGAGGAAAUAGAUAUUAAAAACUUACACAAGAAAGUCACUCACAAGAGUAAAUGUUGUUUUCUCAAUGGUUUAACCAGUGCAUGACCUGUAUUUCACAAUACCAAAAUUACAGUCAAGUUUGUCAGUUAAUGAAAUUUCAAGCAAGUUUUCAUUACUUGGUUUUUAUUUGACUGAUAAUGUUUAAUAAAAAUAUUUUAAAAAAUCAUAAUUUAUUUCAGAGUUAGUUUCUCUUCAAACGAAACCCACUACCAAAACUCAAGAUUAGCUUGAACAGGCAUGAUUCACACAUUGUACUCAAUUAUGACCAAGACCGAUUGUUGCAUUUAUAAUAAAUGUAUUUAUUACAGUACAAA